ACCGAACUGCUCAUGAGGAUAACAGCAAUUUCCUAUCAAGCAGACGUGAUGUGAGGAUGAACACGUUAAAGAUGGUGAGGUGCUCAGAGACUACAGUAACGGGGGCCAUAUAGUUGCUUGGCUCUCCUGCUAAGUUUUGGAAUUGCAUAUGGCAGAUGACAGCAGAGCUCUUGUUCCCUUGCGUCAAAAGACAAGAAAGAAAAGUCAAGGGAUUUGUAUAAUGAGUCGACGGAGGAUAUCAUGUAAAGAACUGGGACUACCGGAUUGCCAGGGGUGGCUCUACAAGAAAAAGGAGAAAGGAGCUUUUAUUGGCAACAAAUGGAAAAAGUUCUGGUUUGUGCUAAAAGGGUCAUCGUUAUAUUGGUACAGCAGCCAACUGGCAGAGAAAGCGGAAGGAUUCAUCAAUCUGCCAGAUUUCAGUGUGGAACGAGCAACUGAAUGCAAAAAAAAGCAUGCUAUUAAGAUCAACCACCCACAGAUCAAGACAUUUUAUUUUGCAGCGGAGAAUGUGGUGGAAAUGAACAUGUGGCUAAAUAAACUGGGACUGGCUGUGAUUCCUCAGGCAACCAGUGGAAAGAAUGAAGAAGAAUGCUAUAGUGAGAGUGAACAUGAUGAUCCAGAAAUAACAGAAACACCACCUCCACCAUAUACAGCACAGCCACUGCCUCCUCAUUUGGUUCAGCAACAGCCUUCUGUGGCCUCCUCACUGUCUAGUGAAGCAUCCUGUUCUCUUUCCUCCCUGGAAAGCACCGUGAAGUCACAAGAAUCCUCUUCUUCCUUGGUGUCUAAAGUGACUUAUCCAGAAAGGCAGUCCUGGCUUGACAUAGUUAACAGCUCUCCUGCCACGGAAGAGGUUGAUCAACCCUUAACUUUCUCUGUUCAGAAUCACACUGGUGAACAGCCACAGAUGAACUGUAGUGAAUCAGUUGAAAGCCAGCAGAUCAAGUCUGAUACUGGAUCUCACGACACUUUGCUAGGUGAAGGCACAACUUGCUUAACUGUGCCAGAUCUGGUAGGAAUGAAGACACUAGCCAAAGAUCGGGCAAAAUGCUGUGACAAUGAUGAAAUGGAACGACUUUAUAAAUCAUUAGAACAAGCAAGUCUGUCACCUAUUGGAGACCGUCGUCCUUCAACCAAAAAAGAACUUAGAAAGUCCUUUAUCAAAAGAAGCAAAAACCCCUGCAUUAAUGAGAAACUUCACAAAAUCCGGGUGCUGAAUAGCACGUUAAAGUGUAAAGAACACGACUUGGCCAUGAUUAACCAGCUGCUGGAAGAUCCUGAGUUGACAGCAGAGAAAUACAGAAAGUGGAGGAGCACAAACAAUAUGUUGGUCCAAGAUAUCUAUCAGCAGCAGGAAGUCCUGUAUUUGCCAGAGGAGAAUAGGAAAGAGGAAGAGAUGAACCCACCACCUUUCAUUGGGAACUCUCUCUGAGCAAUUGCAUGUGCAGCACAUGACAAAAUUUCUCCCCAUCUCUCUUCAUUUAGUGAGACUUUAAAUUUGCUAUACUUUCAGGUUUUGUUUUUUCAAGUGCUUAUGUCAUUCUUUGGAAAAGAAAACAACUCAUUCUUCAAAGCAUUCCCAGGUAUUAAACAAAACAAAACAAAACAAAACAAACCCAAACCAAACUCUACUGGGGUGCACACCUGAGAAGCAUGCUGCAUGAAGCAGAGAAGAAAUGGAGUUACAUUUCAGAAUGGCUAACUUUUCAGAAGACUCAAACUGAGCCUGGAAUACCUGAAAGUCACAGAAAAAUGUACAUAUUGUAGAUAUUAAAUACUUGGGGUGAUUGUACCCACCUAAUCUAUUGAUGAAAUAAUUUUAUUAAGUUAUAAUAAUCUGAACAGUACUGUAUAUACUCCUCUGUUACUACAUCUUGGCUCUUCAAGAUGAUAAGUACAAAUACGUUGUACUUUCACUUCUACCUACACUCAUUUUGAAUGCAUUUCAAUUUUAAACAGAGAUUUCUAGGGCAAUGAUUACAGACAGAUCUCUAUUUCAGACCAUCUUCAGGCACGAGUUCACGUUCUGCUUGACACCAUAAAUAUUUUGUGUGGGCAGACAAGGCCAAGAAUUGUUUCCUGUGCUAUCUGGAAAGGUUCUUUUAAUGUGUUUCAGUGGCAAAUAAACUGCUCAGCAGUGUAGAAACCCUGUGUUGUCUUAAGUUUUAACUUUUUAAUGGUGUAUAGACUUGGUGAGGGUUAUAUGCUGUUUUAUGUUUUAGGCAGUAGUGAAUAUGUAAGGUACAAGUUUAUUUCAAAUGUGUAGUCAAAAAAACCCAACAAAGAAUCCAGAUCCCAAAGCAGAUGAUUAAACAUCAUUAUUUGAUGCAGCAUGAAAAAUAUAAACCAUAAUGGGCUAUAUUUUUGUAAAUGUGUAUCACCUUAUGGCUUAUAUGAACAUGGACAUAUAUUGUAUAUAUGAUUGUAUUUAUGUAUUUAUAUGUUCUGGAUUUCUCUGUCUAGAUAGGACCACAUUUUAUAGAUAAGAUUACUUAUCUGUUGAUUUCAAGUGAAAUAUUUGCACAGAUUUCAAGGCCAAAUAUUCUUCUUCUAUAUAUGGAGCACAUAAUAACUCCAAAGAGAGAGUUAUAUCGGAAGCUCCGUUGUUAGCAUUAAUUUGACCUUGCUUCUGUCUUUUGAACUGGGUAUGAGAUUUAUCUAAAAAUGUUGCUGUAGAAUCUAUAUUAGGAAAAUAUUUUUUCUAGAAAAUAUCAUAACUCCAGGUUGCAUACUUACAUGAUAUUAUAUAAACAAAAAGCACUUUAAAAUUUUUGCUCCAAUGUCAUAAUUUUUUACCUUACUGUGCCCAGCACAGGGUAUACUUUUGAAUAACAACUUGGCAAUGUGCAAUAUAUUUUGAUCUGCAUGUUUGUAUACGUUACUUUACAGAGCUACUGAAUUUUAAGAAUAACAAAUCAUGAUCUUUGUUAAAUGAAUUUCCAACCCAAGAACUGGUGUACAGUACAGUACAUAUGUGCAUUCUAGUUAGCCAGUGUGUAAAGCUAUUCUUAUGAAUACUUGCAUACAUAUUACUGGUUGAAAUGGAAUACAGUGUAAGCACCAAAAAUAGAAACAGAUAGAUUUUAACUUAUUUUUAACCACCAUAUGUUUUAGCAGAAUUUUGAUUAUGAAAAUAAUUGUAUAUGCUAAAUUCCUGGAAACACACGGGAUCUAAUUCAUCACUAGUCUGAAUCAAAGAUUAAGUGUUUCAUUACUUACCAAUUAGUACUCGUAAAUCAAAGCAGAAUCAGAACUUUAUGGGGGAGCUUCAGGAGUAGGGUGUUCAAACCAAACUGUAGGGGAUGAAUGGGGAGUGUGUGUGUAUGUGUGAGAGAGAGAGAGACUUUUGAUUUUUUAAAAAUCUUUAUUAUGCAGGUAUUAAAACUAAUGGUGAAAGUGCAAAGGUAUGUGGCCCUCUCAGGGGCUAAUCAUGAAAAAGGUCAUUAGCAACAAAAAAACCCAUGUGACCAGAAAUUGAUACCCCUCCUCCAUGCCCCUCAUGGGGUUACAUAUGUAGGACCAGCUGUCUGUCUUUCACUUUGCAGAGGUAAUAACCCAGCACAACACAAAUUGGUCUACAUUUUCUUGCAAGGUGAAGUUUCCAAAUUCAAAUGUGAUACAUGCUUGGACCCGGAAGCAGAAGAGUUGGAGUGCAUCAUUGGAGCCAGCUCCUCCAAGCCGGUUUCUGUGGCUUUUCAGAGUUGCUGUCUUGGCCUGGCCCAGCAUGAAAUUGGCCAGGCAGAUCACACACCCCUUGGCUCUUGGUACUGGAUAGAGGAGAUGUACACAGUCUUGUAAAAGUCCAAGUCCAGAGUGCCAAAGAGGGUGCUGAGGGAAGUGAAGAAUGACUGUAGCUGGGGGCAGUCCAGGAAGGCAUAGAAGAAAGUCUCCUCCACCUCCUUUUCACAGAAUGGGCAGGCCAUUGAUGACACUGGGUCUAAGUGGAAGACAAAAGUACCCGUGGCCAGGGCUCCAUGCAGCAGCUACCACUGGAGGUGUCCAGUUACCUUGGUGACGAGUAGCUUGUACAGGGCGCAACAGGCUGGGUGGGUUUACUUUUGUGUUACUUCUGUUAGGUGCUGCCUCCAAGUCAUGUCAGGGUAGGUGGCAAGGACACAGGCAUGAUGCAGUUUGUCUACAUGUACAGUACUUUCUCAGACAGGAUCUUAAGUUAAAUUCCACUACUAUUCUUGUUAGGUACAGGGAGGGACAGCCGGCUGCUGGGCCCAUCAUUCUCACUGCAGUCCACAGCGGGAGAAACAGGUCUGUCAUUGGGGAGGGCUUGUUGUGUGCAGAGGUGGUCUUCUAGGGCAAUAAGUGUAUUUGUGGGGAGGGCAUCUUUCAUUCCAGCUUAGAUGUGCAAAGCAAAAUGGACAGAAUGAAAGCCCAGCCAGUCAGCUAGAGUUUUGGCUGAGAGCCAGAAAGGCUGAGCUGACUGCAAGAGGCAGGUACGCUUGAUGGUGUGCAACUGGAUGAAGGAAGCAAUGGGGCUUCAGGAGUUGAGGCUUGGUGCCCCCCAUUACAAGGCCAAGUUAUGGACCAGGGGCUCUUAUAGCGACUUUGGAAACUGCAGGAACCUACCCUGCAGUUUCAGAGAGAGGCCCAUCUGGCCCAGGCAAGGCUAUGGUAUAAGCAUGAGCAUGGCAGGGUGCUCUAGCCAAGGUGAUCAGGAUCCAAAAGGAACAGUUCCUGAUCAAGGUUGAGGUCCUUCACCCAAUGCAGGAAAGCAAAGGCCAGCUGUUGCCAGGGGAGGCAUUUCCAAGCAAAGAGCAUGUGCUAAAGGGCUUGUUGGCAGAAGGCAGCUACCCUGAUCACCUGGUUGAUGAGACCCUGGCUUCUCUUGCUGGUGGGUAGGUAGGACAGUUCACUGGAGCCAGUGGUGCCCAUUACAGAAGUAGUCCAGGAAGACCUUGUGAAUGCUUUCAAGAAGGGUCACUGGCGGAUCCAGGAUGGUGAACAUGUGCUGCAGUGCAGCAGCUUCCAGGUUGUUGAUGAUCAAGUUUGGCCAUGCUAGGAGAGAUUGGGCAGAUGCCAGGGCCACCACUGGUAGUUGUGCCUCAGCCUUCUCAUGAAGGCUUUCCCAGUGCUUGGCUAGAUAGUUGGGAGGGCCUUGGAAAACAUCCAGAGCUUUGAAAGCCAUUGUGGCAUCAGAUAGGGCCUCCAGGCAGGUCUGGGAGCUGAGUGUUGGCUCAGGUGCUUGGCAGAAAUGUGUCACUUUUGGCCCAGUUGAUACAGACUGAAGAGGCACAGUUGUAGGCCCAAUGACACUCAGUCAGGGAGUGGACAUCAUCAUCACUUUUCUCAAAAACAGUCACAUCGACAUAUGUUGUCACCUUAACUGAGGGGCCAGGGGGAGGAGGGAAGAUGAAACAGAGAGAGACAGAGAGAAAUUAGGCAGGGGGUAAGCUCUGAGCUCAGUGCAUCAGUACUUUGGGUAGUGUGGUCGUCUGCCAAAGUUUAGUAGGGGGGUAGCUCUGUUUUUCACUAUGUAAGUUCCAUUAAAGCAAGGCUUCUAUAACGCACACAUUAGUGCAGAGAGUGGAAAUGAGACACAGAAUGAGGAAGGUUAUGGUCAGGUUGGGAUCAGAAGCCAGGGAGCAAGGCUGGACUUGGGAUGCUAUCAGUGCCUCAGCUUUGAAAGCAGGGAGUAGGAUUGACUGCAAAGUUAAAGUUAGUAUUGGGCUAUGGAGAUGGCAAACUGAGAUUAGCUUGGGGUUGGAACUGCAUGGCACUGAUUAAUAGGGGAAGCAAAGAGAGAGAAAGAAAAAGAAUGAGGACCAGAGUUUGUUUUACUUAUUUGGUGUCUGUGUGAUCCCAUUCCCUUCUUGAGUCCUGGAAAAACUAUGAGUGUGCCUGCUUUUGCACUGCACCUUCAGCUUAGCAUUAGUACUACAUCAGAAAAAACAGUGUGGGGGGGGGAGGGAGCCUCAACCAAGUCUUGCAUUAAUGUUUAACAUGACUUGAGUAGGAUGGAAUAGAAUCAUGCUCAGACAUCCAACAUGGGGAGUAGGAUCUGGGUCUGAGCCUCCAGGGGUCUGGCUAAAAAAAAUUCAGUGUUUCAGGAAAACCUCACACAUAGCAAAGAAAGUUUACCCAGUGCCAAGUAGAAGUCCUAGAUUUACGUUAUACAAAUAAACUCAUAGUUUAGCCCAGUGAGCACAUGCUUUUACUAAUAGUGUGUAUGUGUGCAUACACAAUAGCCUGUGUUGUGUAUUUUAUACAUUGGUUUUGGUUUAUAAAGCACUGCAUAAAUGCUCAUGGAUUGACAAAGCCAAUGCAAUUGUUUGUGAAUAAACUAUAUUGCG